GUCUUCUCGUUCCUCUUUUCCCUUCGGGCUCUCGCUCUUGCCCUCUGUUUAUAUCUCUCGCUGACUGAUCGAUCCUGCACGACGACGAGGAAGAGGGAAUGAGAGAGACAGAUAGAAAAAUAUAUAUCCAUGGAGAUCGGGAUUUAAACAGAACUUGUUGAGUGAUACUAGAUGGUUUCCUCUCAUGCUCGUUUUUGCGAUACCAAAAUUGUUCUCUCGACGUAUUACGAUUCCUCUUUCAUUUACUCCGCUUUAUCCCAAAUGGGUUUCCUCCUUCUCCACAAUCGGACCUUCUUCACGGCCCCUCCACAAUCUUACCUCAUUCUUCAAUGGCAGACCUUCAGGCAACUGCUUGGAUUACGAGCUCUCCUUGGUCUCAGCUUUGAAGUCCUGCGCAUCUAGCUCAGCUAUUUUUCAAGGGCAGCAAAUCCAUGCCACCGUCCUCAAAUCUGGGUUUGAUUCCAAUACUUUCAUCCUUAAUAGCUUGAUUAAUAUGUAUGCCAAAUGUGGACAUAUUGCCGAUGCCAGAUUGUUGUUUGAUUCGUGUUCUGGCCUGGAUUCUGUAUCUUGUAACAUCAUGUUAUCUGGGUAUGUUAAACUUCGCCAAUUGGAGAACGCACGCCACCUGUUCGACAAAAUGCCUGAAAGAGGAUGCGUCUCUUACACCACCAUGAUUUUGGGUUUGGCACAGAAUGAUUGUUGGAGGGAAGCAAUUGAGAUUUUCAAGGAUAUGAGGUCUGCAGGUGUGGCCCCAAAUGAAGUGACAAUUGCAAGUGUCAUGUCAGCAUGUUCACAUAUUGGUGGGAUUUGGAAUUGCUUGAUGCUCCAUGCACUGGUAAUAAAGCUACAUUUCAUUGGUCUUGUUCUUAUUUCCACAAAUUUGCUGCACAUGUAUUGUGUUUGUUCAAGUUUAAAAGAUGCUAGGAGGUUAUUCAAUGAGAUGCCAGUGCGUAAUACUGUUUCAUGGAAUGUGAUGUUAAAAGGGUAUGUAAAAUCAGGCCUUGUUGAUAAAGCAAUAGAGUUGUUUGAUAGGAUCCCAGAAAAAGAUGUGAUUUCUUGGGCUACAAUGAUUGAUGGGUUUGUGCAAGUGAAACAAUUAAGGGAAGCUUUGUCGAUGUUUUCUGCAAUGAGAAAAAGUGAUCUUCACCCCAAUGAAGUGAUGAUUGUUGAUUUGCUUUCUGCUUGUGGGCAGUCAAUUUCAAUUGAUGAGGGCAGGCAGCUCCAUUCAAUCAUAGUGAAAACUGGUUUUGAUUGUUAUGAUUUCAUGCAAGCAACUCUCAUUAGUUUCUAUUCAGCUUGUGGAAGGAUUGAGCUUGCUAAUUUGCAGUACCAGGUGAGUGAUAAGAGUCAUCUCGCAACUUCAAAUGCCCUUAUUGUGGGCUUCAUGAAGAACAGAAUGAUUGAUCAAGCAAGGCAAAUAUUUGAUGUGAUGCCUGAAAAAGAUGUGUUUUCAUGGAGCACCAUGAUUUCUGGUUAUGCACAGAAUGAGUUACCUGAUGUGGCUUUAGAGCUUUUCCAUGGAAUGGUGGUCAGAGGUGUCGUGGCGAACGAGAUCACCAUGGUUAGUGUUUUCUCAGCCAUUGCAGCUUCAGGUAAACUGGCAGAAGGAAGAUGGGCGCAUGAGUAUGUUUGCAACAAAGCCAUUCCUCUUAAUGAUAAUUUGAGUGCUGCAGUCAUUGACAUGUAUGCCAAAUGUGGAAGUAUCAGCACUGCCAUGAAUGUGUUUUAUCAGAUCAGAGACAAGGCCUCCACAGUCUCACCGUGGAACGCCGUCAUAUGUGGAUUGGCGAUGCAUGGGCAUGCGAAUUUGUCUCUUGAAAUCUUUUCCGACUUGCAAAGACGUAGUAUCAAGCUCAACUCGAUCACAUUCCUCGGGGUCCUUGGUGCUUGUUGCCAUGCUGGUUUGGUUGAGCUUGGGGAGAGAUAUUUCUGGAGCAUGAAGAGUGUAUAUGGCGUAGAACCAAACAUUAAGCAUUAUGGGUGUCUAGUCGAUCUGUUAGGCAGAGCUGCCCGAUUAAGGGAAGCGGAGGAAACUAUAAGAACCAUGCCAAUGAAGGCAGAUGUUGUGAUAUGGGGCACAUUAUUGGCAGCUUGCCGAACACAUGGGGAAGUCGAAAUAGGUGAAAGAGCUGCAGAGAAUUUAGCUAGAUUGGAACCAUCCCACGGGGCAGGUCGAGUCCUCCUGUCGAACUUAUACGCCGAUGCAGGGUUAUGGGAGGAUGCAUCCUUGGUGAGGAGAGCAAUGCAAAGUCAAAGGAUGAUAAGAUCACCUGGGUGCAGUGGUGUUGUAUGAAGAAUUAUGGACAUGGGAAACCAUGAAAACUUUGGUCAAUUAACUCUUUUGCAUACGUGUUUAGAGUCGACACCUUGAUAUAGGGACUUAGGACUCAAGAAUUUGACUCUGUCUACGAACCUUUGGUCCGGGUAAAGUUAUAAAGGAUUUGUUAUAACCCAGAUUUCUUUGUAUUGAUGUUUGAAAUAUGGGGGAAGGGGAAAUGGACCAAUUUACAUUUGUUAA